AUGAAACAUUCGCUAAUAGUCCGAUGUCUAUGUCUAAUUUUUCUCUUUUCUGCGUGUGUCGUUGUGCCAACGUAUUCAGCAGAUGUAACCGUUGGACUACUCACAGGCAAUAACAAACUCGGUGAAGUAGAAGAAGCCGCCUACGAGUGGGCAGAGGACAAUUUCAAAACCACAACACUCCUCGUUGAUAAAAGCGGUAAAUUCAAAAACGCCAACGGCACCGAGUUGCAACCAGAAGAUUUCGCUGUGUUAUGGAUGUUCUACACAGAAACGAACACACUGCCAGAACCGUUUCUCGCUGCCCCAACCGUGAAGUCAAUUCUUGAUUACGUAGAGGCGGGUGGCGGUGUAUUUCUCUCAGCGUUAGCACUCCGCUAUGUCGUCGAGCUCGGUGUUGAAGACGGCGGGGACCCACGGGUUUUUGGACCGCUCGGCAAGGAUCCUCCUGAAAUCGGCGUACUUCCAACCGCUGAUGGCAAAAACCAUCCCGUCUUUGAAGGAUUUGAUACCAGCAAGCCGGUUUUUCUUACCAGUAUGGAUCAGGCUGGAUUUACUUCAGAUUUCCAUAACUUCGGCGGAACAGAUCCGGCCGGUACUAUCCUCGGAACGAAAACACGUGGCGGUGGUGCUGGUGGUGGAGAACGUCCUUUCGUUGAAUAUGAGGUCGGUGACGGAAUAGUUAUCACCCUCGGACACCACAACGGUGUUUAUACUGAUGCAAAAUCGAAAGAGGGAACUAAUCUGAGAAACCUCACAGCGAACGUGCUGAAUUAUCUCGGUGAAAAUUCCGAGUUCUUCGCCGUUGAACCGAACGGUAAAUUAGCAACGACCUGGGGAGAUCUAAAGGCAGCGUCAAAAUAA